GGUAUUUUUGUCAUGAAGGUCAGAAGGACGCAUCUCAUGCUUUGCAGAUCCUUAUAACUACCAUUGAGGUCAAAUUUUGUCUGAUCAAGAAACAGAUUUGUGCUAAGUCUUAGAGAUCACUUGAAUCAGUAUUUGUCUUAAAUCGAUAACUCAGAGUGAAAGGCAAUGGCGGAGGUUGUUGAACGGAAUUUGGAAGAUUCCAUUGGUGAGAUCUUGCAUAUUCGAAAAGCGAAACUUUUUAAUAAGCUGGAAAUCAAUGAAAUAGUUCGCAAACGAAGGCACCAUGAAUACAGUCUUCAGAAACGUAACAAACGGAUUUUAGACUAUGAUGCUUACAUUAACACCGAAAUAACUAUAAUGAAGUUGUUACGCUGUCGUCGCCAGAUGACACACGAUAGCAGGUAUGUCGACAAGAUUGAGAAGUCAAUUAUUAGUCGCCUUGUACGCUUGCAUCGGCAAUUGUGUUAUAGAUUCCAGUCACAUAUUGACCUUUGGAUGAGAUUUAUUCAUUUUUGCAAAAUUAUUAAUCGGCAUUUAUCUGUCGUACGUAUCUGGAAUAAUGUGCUGCGAAUACACGGUCGAACAGAACCAAGGCUAUGGAUCGCUGCAGCUGCAUAUCAUUUACAUGAUGGUGUUAGAUCGCAAGCUCGUGGAGAUCUACGACAUUUCGCCGAACAAAAAAGUGACUUGAUCAAAACCCGCAAAAGAUUGCGAAGUGAAUAUAUGAUAUUGAAUCGUCACACACCAAAGUCAGAGAAGCAGAAAAUAAACCAGCUUAUGGAAGAGUUAAAAGAAAAUCAAGCUUCCUUAGAUGAAGCAGCUAAAGAAAUGGUCAGAGAACGUUGUCUUACUUGGGACAGGGCCCAUUUGAACGCGAUCCGAGAAGCUCGACACCUGAUAACUGAAGGAAUCUCUUUCAAUCCUGAAUGUGAUCUAUUACAUUUGGAAUUGGUCAAAUUAGAGAUCAAUGCUUUGGAUUUUUUCCGCACUCGUGUUCUUCCACGAUAUAAAAACUGUGAUACUGAUUUGACUAAUUCAACCGAAGAUGAAAAGAAGAAACUAAAAACGCUGAAAAACGAGGCAGUGGAGAACAAGAAGUUUAUGAGCUUAAUAACUGAAAAUACAGAAUUUAUUGUUAGCGGAGGAGCUGUCAAUUUAGUGAUUGAAUCAUUGUUGUCUCGAUGGGUUAAUAAUAGUAAAAUGCUUGAAUUACUUCAUCAAACAUUGUUAACUGUUCCACAGUUAAUCGAUUCACAAUUAAUUGAGAAAGUGGCUAACUGUGUAAAAAUUGCUAAGGAGGAGGAGGAGAAGAAGGGAAAUAUUUGUGAGUCUGCGAAAAAAGAUGAGGCUCCAUUGAAAUCUAAAACAAAUGAGAUUCGAUCAACAAUUUCUAAUCAAUUAGUUGAAAUUCACCAAACUAUGAUGGAAAAAGGUGUUGAAGCUGUAAUACACUUAUGGAAUUCUUGGUAUCUACCAUCGACUGGUAAUUCUCCUCCACAGACUUCACCUCUCCGAAUGAUUAAUCCAUCAUUUCCUGAAGCUGUUGGUUUGUUACGCUCUCGUUUAAGUGCACUGUCUCUGUACUCUGCAUAUGAAGUAGAAGGUCAAUCAUUGUCAACAUCCAGUACAAUGGUCACCAAUGAUGAACAUGAUACUCAAUUACACAAUGAUUAUCAUCGGAAACGUCAGUUUCUAUCCGCUGAAGUUAAUAAAACUCGAGUGUUGUUUGAUUUACUGAGUACUUCACAAUGGGGUAGUCAUUGUCCAGAAUUCUGGUUAAUUUAUUUACAAUUUGAAAAAACCAUUGGAGAUAUUACACAAAUGCCAGCUGUACAAUGGAGAGCUCAAAAAACACUAUCCACUGAAUGUUUUGACAAGUUCAUUGUCAUGUUAAAUAAAGACUGUGAAUAAAACUAAUCAGUGCAAACUUGUGUACUAUAUAUAUACUGCAUACAUUUUGUAUUAUAAUGUAAAAUAUAACAUGUAAUGAGAAGUGAUUGA